GUUUUGUUUUCCUCUUCCGCUAACUUGGCACUGCCUGCCCCGUCAGCGGUGGAGCGCUGAAGCGGUGGAAAUCCGGAGGUUGCAACACAGUUUCGGGGAGGAUCUGUGAUCCGGGCGGUGCGAGUGAACGAGCCACAUUAACAACGAGGAGGGGAGUUUGCCUCAGAGUUCUGCGGAAGUGGAGUCUUUCUCCGAGUGAGAGCGUACGCAACAGGUGUCACUUUUCUGCAUGAUUGUUGUCUCGCCUGGUUUGAAAAGUUGAAACGGUUCGCGCAGUGGAAACAUAUAGUUUGUCUUCUAAUAUAACAAAAGAACAUGUCAAACCUCCGACCCAGACUGUGUGUCCUGGAGAAGGGACCCAACGGCUACGGCUUCCACCUGCAUGGAGAGAAGGGCAAGACCGGGCAGUUUAUCCGGCUCGUGGAGCCCGACUCUCCCGCCUCUGCUUCGGGGAUGCUCGCGGGGGACCGACUGGUGUUCGUGAACGGGGAGAGUGUGGAGGGCGAGAGCCACCAGCAGGUGGUCGCAAGGAUACGAGCCACUAGCGGGGCUCUGGAGAUCAUCGUGGUAGACUCCGAAACGGCAGAGUUGCUGAAGAAACACAACCUGCAGUGCCGGAAAGAGUUCGCCACGGAGGGGAUUCCUCUGCCAGGCGGGGACAGUGACUCAGACCGAGCGGACUCACAGAGCAACGGCAGCCGCAGGGAGUCCACCUCUGCUCCCGGAGAAAACGGAGACGUCUCGCUGCAGAGGCUGAGUGUCAGCUCAAAGGAUGGGAAGGCUGAACUGCGGCCUCGUCUUUGCCAACUCAAGAAGGGAGCGAACGGCUAUGGCUUCAACCUGCACAGUGAGAAGUCCAAGCCAGGCCAGUACAUCAGAGCCGUGGAUGAAGACUCCCCAGCAGAUAGAGCAGGCCUCAAGCCACAGGACAAGAUCAUCCAGGUGAACAGCAUGUCGGUGGUGGGCAUGCAGCACUCAGAGGUGGUGGCAGCCAUCAAAGCCGGAGGAGAUGAGACCAGCCUGCUGGUCGUCGACCCCGAAACCGACGACUUCUUCCAAAGCUGCAACGUCCUGCCCGCCGAGGAGCACCUCACCGGACCUCUUCCUCAGCCUGUGUCAAGUAGAGCAUCAGUGGAGGACGAGGUGAACGAUAAGGCAGCAGUAGAGCUGAAACCUAAAGUGUCUAAAAGCUCGUCGACUUCCAGUGCCUCCUCCAGCGCAUCGCUACCUAUGGCAAACACCAGCAGGCCGCAGCCAGAGACUGAAAGGGCUCCAGAGCCAGCGCGGGGCAGUGAUGGUGCUCCGCCCCUGGGCAUGACGCUGGCCGAGGCCAAGGAAAGAGCCCACCAGAAACGAAGUGCCAAGAAAGCCCCGGCGAUGGACUGGAGCAAGAGGAACGAACUGUUCAGCAACUUAUAAACACCAGCCUCCACAACACCUCCUCCUCCUCCUCCUCCUCCUCCUCCUCCUCCUCCUCCUCCUCCAGCAGGGAAGUGAGCGACGGACGACCUCCUCUCUCCUCCGUCCUCCCUGGCUCUCCUCUUUGGUUUUGGGUAUUACCUUGUAACAUAGUAUCCAAGACAUGUCGUUUGUUUAGGACCUUUAAUGUGAAACAGUGUUAUUUUGAUGAUUUUAUGUCAUUGUUUUAAUUUAGGAGUCUACCACUGUUCUACUUUGUUUUUCAAACUGUUUUAAUGGCACUCCAUAGAAUAAGCAAUAAUAUAUUAAGAAUGAAGUGAAGAUGGAGAAGAGGAAAAAAAUAGCAAUGUACAUUCUCUUUUAGGAAAAGGACCAUGCAAGGAAUAAUGGGACAUAGGGAAAAUAAUGAAUUAUUGGCAGAUUUGAUAUUAAGAUUUUAAAUCUACAGUACAAGGAGAAAGAACUGGUUUUGAAACGCUUUCGAUUCUGUGAGCUUUUGCAAAGUGAUUGCAGCAGUAACUAGUUUUAAGGAAUCCAAAUGUGCUUCUCUUAGUUAACAUGUAUGAAUGAACAAUCACACACAGAGAGAGAGGAUCCUCGCCAUCUGCUUCACUGCCUGUGAUUGAAGUUGCAGAACAGGAUCAAGUAAAUGCUGUUCCUGAGCCGUCAGCUGCCAACAUAUCAGUCCUGACAAUCUGUUUGUCUUCUCCAAACACAAGCCGUCACAGAGCCGACAUCACCUGAUGGAGAAUGUUUAAAGAGACUGUAGAUCUCAGGAUUAAAAACUGUCAUGUCCUGUCAUAAAUCUCCUCCCCUCCCUGGGUUCUCUGUCCUCAUGAUUUACCUGUAAGAAGAGCUCUAUAAGAAAAUGACACAAAUUAUUUUUUUCAUGAUGUUUAUCUUUUGUUAGAUUUGUACAUACAGUAAAUGAUAUCAGAGGAAAAUUAUAUUUUGACUGAGAAAAAGUGAAGAUCUCCUUUUGAUUGUGUUGAUAUCGCUGUCAGGUGAAAAGUCUCGUGCCAGUUGAGCCUCAUUGUGGCUAGACAGGAAUCUGUCCCGUGUGGAAACAGACUGUGUGUGGGGGCACUGGUGCUGGAGAAUGUAUUUAUGAGGAUUCACAAAUAUAACGUUCAGAUCAAAUUAAA